AUGCAGCAGACGCCAGUGUUGCAGACGGCCCUGCAUCGCUUUGGCCCCUGUCUCCCUACCAUCAGACUGGACCGGCUCCGCAUGGCAAAAGCUCUGGUGGAGAAGGCGGUCAAGACUCACCGGAUCUUCUCCAUCUUGGGUCGGUACCCAGUAAUCCGUGCGGCGCUCCGGUCCCGGGGCUGGGUGGAGAAGCGUUUGUCUGGUCGCCUCCACAGAUCCUCGGCCCACAGCCAGGGGGGAGAGUGCGAGGACGGGCAGGAGGGGGACACCAGCCCCGAAUCAGCUGAAGCUGCAGAGGAAGAAGAAAUCCACGACGACAUGAGUGAGAUCAUGUCUCGUAUGGUCCGUAACGAGCUCACCUACUUCUUCUGGAGCACACGCAGAGACGCCGUCGAGUGCCACGCACUGCGUAAGGAGCAGAUGGUUAACCACUACGAGAAGGCGGCGGCGUUCACCACCAAGGUGGGUCUGAGCGUGAGCCUCAGGAGCCUGCAGUGGUUCGACUCCGCGGAUCCAGACACCUUCUUCCCCCGAAGUUACGUCCUGGGAGCCGAGGACGACAAGCACGCCUUUAUAGAGGACUUCCGGAGGACGGCCUGCACCAGUCUGCUGCAGCAUGUGGUGGAGAGCCAGAACUCGGAACCCCCCAGGACCCCGCUGUCAGACUCCUGCAGCAGCAGCGUGAGCUCUGGGAUCAUCGAGACGGCUCUGCUCGUGUGCCAAGACUUUCUGAUCGAUCUGGACCACGGCAACAUUGACCGGGCGGCUGAGUCCGAGACCGAGACCAGAGAGGAGCAGCAGUGGGAACACUUCCUUCAGCAGUACCACCUGGUCGUCCAUGACGGAGCAGAGAUCCAAGGCUCAGGGCGCUUUGUGGAGCAGUGCGUCCAGAUGCUGAGCAGACUGCGGCGCGUCUGUCCACAGCUGCACACGGACGGAGUCAACAACAUCUGGAUCAUCAAACCAGGGGCCAAGUCCAGGGGCCGAGGGAUCAUCUGUCUGAACCGUCUGGACGACAUCCUGGUUCUGGUGGAGCAGGAGCGCGCGGUGCUCCGGGACAGCCGCUGGGUGGUGCAGAAGUACCUGGAGCGCCCUCUGCUGGUGCACGGCUGUAAGUUCGACGUGCGGCAGUGGUUCCUGGUGACGGACUGGAACCCUCUGACGGUGUGGUUCUACGGAGAGUGUUACCUGCGCUUCAGCACUCAGCCGUACUCCACCAAGAACCUGCACAGCUCGGUGCACCUGUGCAACAACUCCAUCCAGAAGCACUUCCAGCCGUCCCCGGACAGGCACCCGGAGCUACCCAAGGACAACAUGUGGUCGUGUGGGCAGUUCCGGAGCUUCCUGCGGGGUCAGAACCGCGAGGAGCAGUGGGAGGCGGUGGUGGUGCCGGGGAUGAAGCAGGCGCUGGUGCGUGCGCUGCAGACCGCACAGGACUCAGUGGUGCAGCGCAAAAACAGUUUUGAGCUUUACGGAGCCGACUUCAUGCUGGGGCAGGACCUGAGGCCGUGGCUCCUGGAGAUCAACUCUAGCCCCACCAUGAGCUGCAGCACGGAAGUGACGGCGCGCCUCUGCCCUGCCGUGCAGGCCGACACACUGCGGGUGGUGCUGGACCGAAGGAACAACCUCCAUGCACACACCGGCGGCUUUACUCUCAUCUACAAACAGGCUGCAGUGGAGCGGCCGCAGUACGUGGGGAUGAACCUUCUCAUCGAGGGCGCUCCCAUCAGACGUCACAGGCCUCAGCUCAAGCCCCCUGCCCCAGCCCAGUCUCCCGAUGCCCCUGAGUCUGCCCCAGUCCUGCCUCCCCCUACCGCUGCCUCAGCCACCUUUCCCGAUGCCCCAGCCUCAGCCCAGUCGCCCCCCACCUCUGCCUCAGCCCCGUCCUGUCCAAGGGAGCCCCAGAUCACCCACAACCCAGCGGUGCUCAAGGCCCACACCCUGGCUGUCAUGAUCCAGUCCAACAAAGAGAACCAGUCGGAGAAGAGAAGGAAGAAACUGAGCCGGAGCGGAGGACCCGAGAGGAGAGCCGCUGCUAAGCUGGCCCACCACCGCUGCAUGGUUCCCCCAGAGCUGCCCCUCAUCACCCACGCGGAGCCCCAGAGGAAGGCCCGUCGUGUGGGCUACAGCUCGUCCACUGCGCCCCUUGUCCCGCGGAGCCUGUCCUUCUCCUGCAGCCCUACAAACACAACUACUGCUGCUGCUGUUGCCGCUCCCCAGACCAGAGGAGCCCACGUGAACCCGGGCCUCUGCUUCAGCCUCCCGCACACACAGCCACAGCGGGCCGCCCUGGUGCUCCCCUCCAUACGGGUCAUCAGCCUCAGAGCACAGAGCCACAAGUGUCGCUCCAGCGCGCUCACAAAACAGCUGUUUCUGCUUCCAUUGGAGCAAAGUAAGUGA